GUCUCCGACUGGCCGGCCGCCCCGCCCGCUUGCGUCCAAGAGACACUCUCCCGCGGCUGCGCCGGCCGCACCGCCCAGGAGACAAAGCGCCGCUGUGGCCGGUCGCUGCCACGGAGCGGGUCCUGGGCCAUGGCCGGCCGCCUCCCGGCCCCGCUCCUCCCGUCCCGCCACCGCCCUAGGCCUGCGCAGCGAGAGUUUAUCAUCUGUUUUCCCCUUAUAUCAGUUCACUGAACCUUUCUGCAGUCCUAACAAGUGAGGAAACUGAGGCUCAGAAAGGUGAAGUCAUUCAAGGUCCUCCAGCCUGGGCUGGCAGAGGCAGGAACUUGGCCUCCUCUGGCUUCCUGUCUGGCCACAGGCUAUGGAAUCAGCAAAGGUGCACAGAGCCGGACUCUGAACUUGUUGGAAAGCAGURUGGGAAAUAAUCCAGGCUGGAGACCAGGUACCUGAGCAUCAACUACCUGUCAGGGACUGGAAUUCGGACAAAAAAAUCCCUGUCCUCCUGGACCAGGCAAAAAUGACCCAGAUGCAGAAACAAAGGCCCAAGGAGGCUAACAGCUUGCCUGGGGUCACCCAGCCUGGAUACUGCAGAGCUGACGUGUGAAGCGACUGACCUGUGACUAGCUGACCAGAGGGCGGGGCGGCAAGCAGCGGCCUAAGAGCCCGCGCUGCCCCCAGGCCUGGCCGGUCACCAUGAAGCUGAACGAGCGCAGCCUGGCCUUCUACGCCACGUGCGACGCGCCGGUGGACAACGCGGGCUUCCUGUACAAGAAGGGCGGGCGCCACGCGGCCUACCACCGCCGCUGGUUCGUGCUGCGCGGCAACAUGCUCUUCUACUUCGAGGAGCCGGGCAGCCGCGAGCCCGUGGGCGUCAUCAUCCUGGAGGGCUGCACGGUGGAGCUGGUGGAGGCCGCUGAGGAGUUCGCCUUCGCCGUGCGCUUUGCGGGCGCGCGGGCGCGCACCUACGUGCUGGCGGCCGAGAGCCAAGCGGCCAUGGAGGGCUGGGUGAAGGCGCUGUCGCGGGCCAGCUUCGACUACCUGCGGCUCGUGGUGCGCGAGCUGGAGCAGCAGCUGGCAGCCAUGCGCGCGGCGGGCGGCGCGGCCCCGCCCCGCAGGCCCAGCGCGCUCCCGCCGCGGGAGAACGGCUGCGCCUGCGCUGUGUGGAGCGCCGAGACCCCCGCCGCCCCCGCCGCGCGGCCCGGCCCCGAGCGGCCCCCGCUGCCUCCGCGCCGCAGGGCCUCGGCGCCGCACGGUCCCCUGGACUCGGCCCCCUUCAUCCGGCUGCACGAGUGGUACGGGCAGGAGGUGAGGGCGCUGCGCAACCAGUGGCUCAGCAGCAGGGCCCGGCCCUGAGGUCACGGACCCAAGUCCCAGCCGAGCUAGAGACGCCGGGCCUGUCCCCGGGACCUUAAGACUGUGCCCCACCGCCCGUCCUGUCGCUAAGAGGAGCCAGGUCCAGGGGUUGCCCUAGGGGUCUAGGGGUUGGCUCUUGCAAGCAACUGGCCUCCCGGCUUGGCCGGACACGUGGCUCUGUCCCCAGGGCGCCUUCCCGGGCGGAGGGAGGGCUUGGGCGCAGCGCCGCUCCUGGCUGGACCUUUUGCUGUAGCACCUGCCAGAGAAGCUGCCCUGCCUGGGCCAUCCGCCGGCAGGUGCGGGUUUUAGUGCGAGACCUUAGGGUGAGCUCAUCUGGUUCCAGAGCUCCUGGAGGCCAUGCUCCUUGCGGGCAGAAGCUUCGGGCCCCCUCAUGCUGUCCUUGACUGCGUUCCUCAGUCACCUCCCCAGCCAGCUCUUUGCCCAGGCCUGGGUGGGACCUCUCUGCUGGCUGCCUGACCUCUAGCCCUGGGCUGGGCAGCUCUUUCCAGUAGGUUCCUGGGGGGGGGGGGGCACUUCACUGCUGACUCACAGGGGCAAGGGCCAGGUACUGACCCCGUGGGCAACAGCAGCUGCAGAGCUGUGCUUGGCCUCCAGCCACUGUAUCCCCGAUUUCCCAGGACUCCUGUGCUUGGAGGCCAGCUGCUGACUGGCUCUCCUUCUCACUCACCACAGUGCCCAUUCUUCAUCCAGGAAGAACCCUGGGGCCGGGACACCCCUGGCUCCACCUGGGUCAUGUUUACAGUCCUCAGCUCCCUGCACCCGGGAGCCCUGAGGACACCUCACCUCCACCUUUAUUCCCCGAAGGCUGCUCCUUGGUGACCUACAGACUCAGCCCCUACUCCUUCCUCUUCUGUCUUUGGAGAGCCUGGGGCUGGGGAAAUAUUGGGAGGGUCUGCAAUCAAGGCCUCCCCAGCUCCCUGCUGGCUCAGUGGGCUGGGGCUUGUCUGGGGCUGUGAAUUUUAUUUUUAAAUAUUUAGGAUGUUCUUUUUUGUUUGUUUUUCUGGCAGUGGAUCUUGGUGUUUGCCCUGCUUUUGUUCCUGUUGGGUGGCAGGAAGAAAGCCACUUCAGCUUGGGUGGCACAGUUCCCAGGGAGGGGUGGCCUCAGCUGCAGAGGCACAGGUGGCUCUGAGAUGCCGAGGUGCUGGACAGGGUAUCUCAUCUGUCCUUUGCCCUCUCUGGCAAGCCCUGUUGUCCCCUGGUCACGUGCCUCUGGAGUCUUGGUACGGUCCCUCAUUCCUCUCCGAGUACUGAGCAGUAUGGGUGAUGGUGGCUCCUGUCCACAGGCUCUGGGGCUCAGGAAGACCUGGCCAGGCCCAGCUGGUGGGUGCAAGUUUACAAAUUCUAAAGGUACAGUGACCCCAGUCUCCUGGGGGCAAGGGAUGCUCCUCUCCUCCCAAAGCACACCAUGCAGUCCAGCUGCCUCCAGGGUUGAGUUUGGGGAGAAAUGUGAGCCUGGGAGGGAGAUAUAAGGGCUCAAAUAAAGAAGUCUGUGGAGGAUUGGCUGAUUGUGUCCUUUUUCCCCCAAAAGAUUUGCCUGGCAGAGCCAGAGCAGGCCCUACAAGGGAGGUGACCAAUGUGUGGCUCCUUGUGGCUGAUGCCAGACAUAUUCUCACAACC